AUGUCCUCCCUGUGCACCGCCUUCUUUCAGCAACUGUAUAGCGGUUCCCAACGCAUCACCCCCGAUCCUUCCUUCUGGAACAUGAUCCCCCCCUCUCAGAUUCCUCCUGAUUCUCUCUCCCGACUCUCUCUUCCUUUCUCCCUUGUUGAGAUCUCGAAGGCUAUCGCCGCUCUCCCCAAGGGGAAAACUCCGGGGCCGGAUGGCCUCUCCGGAGAACUCUUUCGUUCCUACCGCACCUGUUUCACCCCUGCUCUCCACGCCUUGUUCCAGGGUCCCCACAGUUCUCUUCCACCAUCUAUGUUGCAGGGACGGACUGUCCUUAUCCCCAAGAAAAGUGAUGCCACCCUGGUUGACAACUUAAGACCCAUUACACUUAUGAAUACAGAUUACAAGGUCUUGGCAAUAUGCCUGGCUAAUCGGCUGCAACCCCUCCUCCCCUCCCUCAUCAAUCACUCACAAAAAACUUUCAUCAAGUCAAGGAGAAUUGGGGAUACGCUUAACGACACCCUGGAUAUUUUUGACUGGGCCACAACACAAUCACUCCCCCUGCUUGCUCUUACAGUUGACAUUCGUAAGGCGUAUGAUAUGGUCGAUCGCCCUUUCCUUUACACCUGUCUCUCUCAUCUCGGGCUGCCUGAUCCUUUCAUUCAUUGGGUAAAACUGAUGCACUAUGGGACGACUACCCGGAUUUCUGUCAACAACUUCUGUGGCCCCCCCAUCCCUGUAAGAACCGGAGUCAGACAGGGCUGCCCGCUGGCUCCACUGCUUUUCCUCUGCGUCAUUGAGGUUUUUCACCGUUAUUCCUCUUGUUUCUUGCCUGGCUUCCCCAUUUCCCGCACCCAGCGUCGUUUGAUGGCUUGCUAUGCGGAUGACAUCACGUUUUUCCUCAAUUCUGAUGAAGAGCUUCGGGUAGCUUCCCAUGCCUUGCUGUCCUUCGCCUCGGUCUCCGGAGAACACCCCAAUUGGGCCAAGUGUUCCCUCAUUCCCUUCAAUUUUGCCCCUUCUGACAUCACCCGCGCUGGCGAUAUCCCAAUUCGCCUCCCGUCGGAGUUUGAGAGGAUUCUUGGUCGCUUCCAACCUCCCCCCUCGCCGACUACUCGAGCUCUGGACGACACGGUCGGCAACUUCUUAUCCGCUUCUAAGUUCAAGUCGGCGGGCCGCACUACGCGACUCCUCACGCACACGGUUCUCUACAAUAAGGUAGAACACGGGGGGUUGGGGGCAAUUCGUCCAUCUGCACAAAUCAAAGCACUGAACAUCCAGCGUGCUCUUCGCAGAUUCUCACCUCAUCCGAGUGCUCCUCCCUCCACCCCCUCCCGAUUUCGGGAAGAAGUCAAGUGUCUUUUGGAACUGGAACUUGAGACCUUCCCCGCCUUCCAAGCCUCCCAGCAGCUCGAGUGGUUCGACAAGAUCCAGGCGGAAUCCGCGCAAGCCGCGGGCGGUGUUGAUGUCAGCCUGCCCCCGCCUUCCGUCUUCUCCACCGCUCUCUACGUCGUUGGUCUCGGCGCAAGUGCAGGCGUUUGCGUCGGCCGUGGUUGCGGCUCUCAAGGCCUACGUGCAAGCUCUGUACAGCCGCGGCGCGCGGCGGUUCCUGCUGUUCGAGAUUCCCCCCCUCGGCUGCCUGCCGCUGUGGCGCCAGGCGCUGUUGCCGGCGGAGAAGCAUGGGGAGUGCGUGAGCGCGAUGAAUGCGUAUGCUCAGGAGCACAACAAGCAGCGGCCGCUGCUGUUGCUGCGCUGCGCAAGACCCUCAAAGGCUCGGAUAUUCUGCUGGCCAAGACGUACGGUUUCACGGAAAAGGCUGUUGCGGAUCUUGCAUCUGUUGGUCUUUUUAAAACAAGCGCGUGCUGCGGCGGCCCGCCUCCCCUCAAUGGCCUCGUGCAGUGCGGCACCAGUGACACCAUUGGUGGUUACAAGGUAACCGCGAUGGCGUGCUCCCGCCCCCAGGACAGCAUCUUCUGGGAUCGUCUUCAUCCCACCGAGGCCUUCAACCGCGAGCUGGCCAAGAGCAUUUUCCUGGGCGGCAAGGAUUCAAUCGAGCCAAUGAAUUUGCGCCAGCUGGCGAGCGCCGCGGCCGGGGAGAAGAAGGAUCUCGACAACGAUGCCGAUAGUAACGGGGAUAGUGGGGACAAUGUCGAUGACAAGUCGUCGGAGGUGGACGAUGACGGAACGUUAACGGACAGCAAAACGGAAAGUAGGAUGAGGACAAGAAGCCACUUCAAGUUGCCAGAGCCUGCUAGCCCGAAACAUCCGUACGCAAAGGCGUUAUCCUUGAUUCGAGCAGAGGGAGAGUGGAGCAAGCUGACCAGCGAGCUCUGCAAGGCUUAUCUGCGGUACCACCGGGAGGGGAAGAAAACGCGGGAGGCAGCUAGAGACGACAUCAAUUGGGAAGAAGGUAGCGAAGACGGCCGGUACAAGACGGGGACCACAUGGCCGGUCAAGUCAUCCCAGCCCAUCCAGCAGCAGGGGAAGAAAACGCGGGAGGCAGCUAGAGACGACAUCAAUUGGGAAGAAGGUAGCGAAGACGGCCGGUACAAGACGGGGACCACAUGGCCGGUCAAGUCAUCCCAGCCCUGCCAGCAGCAGGGGAAGAAAACGCGGGAGGCAGCUAGAGACGACAUCAAUUGGGAAGAAGGUAGCGAAGACGGCCGGUACAAGACGGGGACCACAUGGUCGGUCAAGUCAUCCCAGCCCAUCCAGCAGCAGGGGAAGAAAACGCGGGAGGCAGCUAGAGACGACAUCAAUUGGGAAGAAGGUAGCGAAGACGGCCGGUACAAGACGGGGACCACAUGGCCGGUCAAGUCAUCCCAGCCCUGCCAGCAGCAGGGGAAGAAAACGCGGGAGGCAGCUAGAGACGACAUCAAUUGGGAAGAAGGUAGCGAAGACGGCCGGUACAAGACGGGGACCACAUGGCCGGUCAAGUCAUCCCAGCCCUGCCAGCAGCAGGGGAAGAAAACGCGGGAGGCAGCUAGAGACGACAUCAAUUGGGAAGAAGGUAGCGAAGACGGCCGGUACAAGACGGGGACCACAUGGCCGGUCAAGUCAUCCCAGCCCUGCCAGCAGCAGGGGUAG